CUUGGACAUUAGCCUAAAAAGUCCCGUGGUUUUCUCCCUUUCGGGUUUCCACGUAAAAACUGAGUGUUCAUACAUAUAUUUACUAUAUCGUGUUGGAUUAAACUCAACACUGGCGCCGUCUGUGGAAAUCUGUCCAAAAAGAUUCGUGUGUUCUACCAUUCUUGAGUUUUUUCUACAAAAAAUUCAUACGAACAACUAUUGAUUUCAACAAAAAAACAAAGAAUAAAGAUUCUGGAAAGUAAGCAGGAGGAAGAAGGUUCGACAUGACCAAAGAAAUCUUUUCUUGGGGAAGCCAGGAAGCUACGAAAUCUGGGAAGCGUGUAUUUUUUUUUCAGAUUCUCGUUUCUGGGGUCGCCGGAGCCGCCGUCACCGUCACCGUCCCCGCCGCCAUGGAACCUUCGAUGGGUACCUGCACCAGACGGAACUCGCUGCGAUGCCCCAGUUCUCGUCGUCCCGUCCUCUGGUCAGAACCCCCUGCAACAGAGACGCUCAUGGCUAGCAUCCCGUUCAACCGGCUACCGCCUGAGUCACCACACCGCCGUCCUCGUCGUCGCUGGUCAACUGCUAGUCACUCCUCCCCCUGGUCAGUCGCGACUCGAGCUUCCACGACCCUGCCGACGCGACCAAGGGAAUAUGCCGUAUGAGAGCUCCUUGGUUGCCUCCAUUAAUGGAGGUUUGGAAGUUGGUGAAGGUAUGUUUCGGAGCCCGGGCGACCUUCCAACGCAACCUACUUUUCCGGCAGCCUGUGCAUCGCGGCAGCUUCCACUGUGACCGUCAGUCAGCGACCGACCUGUACGGUUUGGCCUUGGUGGGGUGUUCCAUCUGCCUGUCCACAAGAAGCUCUUCACUUGGUUGAGAGCGGUCCACGUACGAAGGGCCAAAGUCUAAAGGGGAGUUGGCAGUAAAGAUGGAGCACCGUGUAUUAUUUUGGGCGGUCAACACUCCACUCAUGACUCUAGAAGCAAAGGCUGGGGGUGUCAAUUCACGAUUCAAAGAAGCGAAGAGAGAACUUUUUUUGAUUGGUUGGGGAUUUGAGCUGCACGAAUCUAGAUACAUCCAACGGGGGCUCCAAUGAUUUUCCAUGUCCCUAAAUUGAAUCUGCGGAGAAACGGCCUGCCGAAAAGUUGGGAAGGAAGAAGAUCGAUUUUUUUUUUAAAUAAAACGAUGCCGCUUAGGGAUCGGCACACCCUGCGCACGCUGGGUCGAUCCCACGGUAUAAUCUGCGGUUGAGAGCGGUCCACGUACGAAGGGCCAAAGUCUAAAGGGGAGUUGGCAGUAAAGAUGGAGCACCGUGUAUUAUUUUGGGCGGUCAACACUCCACUCAUGACUCUAGAAGCAAAGUAACUUAUCUUACUCCUAUUUUAAGUGCUCCGUAUUGAGAUACUAAUAUUAUUAUUAGUUAAUUAGUUUUUAUCACCAUUAUUUAAAAGGGAGUAAAUUUUCCCGAAAUUAAAUAAUGUCGAGCGAUUCUCUAAGUGAUAAAUAGCUUCACCGCCAUUUAAAUUAGAUGACUGGUUGUUCUGGGCCCGUUGGCCCGCUCCCGAUCAGCUUUAAUUAGCGAACGGAGUGUAUCUGAAUGACUUAUGGUAGGAUAAUACUAUUAUUACUACCCGUACAUCACUAUUAUUUAUUAGGGAUAAAAAUGUCCCGAAAUUAAAUAAUGCAGAGUGAAGCUCUAGUGAUAAUUAGUUCAGCCAACUUUUUUAUUAAAAUAUUUAAUUGUUGGUGGGUUCGAUUAGCCUACUCUCGAUCAGCUUUGAUUAAGUUAUCCGAGCGUCUCCAGAAGGGCGAUGCCCCGACGACGCACUUUAAUUGGAGGGUUGCGCAUUAGUCCACACGGCACUACGUGCCCGAUCGACGACCGUACCCCAGAACCAUCCGCGCCGCUAGGCGCGAAGUGACUAUUGCCAAACGUGGCCUAUGGGGCCCGAGGGCACCGAAGCGCUCAACCUCGUCUUUUCGAGGGCAGUGCGACCAACUUGGGUCUGAGUUUUCAAACUCACAGACCAGUGAUUAUCUCUAUGUGACGUUCGGCGGGCUGCUAAUUGGCCCCGCCGCGAGCUGCUACGUCCAUUAACCCCGCACGAUGAGCCGGGCCGAGGGUCACGAUGACCCAUAGGCCGGUAAUCGUGGAUGUUAAAGAGAAAGCCAUGCAAAUGGUUAUGUGUGCAUAUUUAUUGUCGGGCCGUGCGGCCCGUUACCAUGUUAGUUACGCAGCUGAAGCCACUCGACGUGAUCGAGCGAAAUGAUUAAAAGACGCUCGACCUGAGUCUCAAAGGCGUUCAGGGCCAGCUAAAGAGGAGACCAUCACGGCUGAGAGCCGAGAGAUGAGCAUCUCCACCCAGAGGCCGAGGGCCUAGAGGAGACCACCACAGUUGAGAACUGUGGGACAAGCAUCUCCACGCCAGAGACCGAUGGCCUAGGAAGAACACCUAGAGGCCGAGGGUCUAGAGGCGAAUGCCAUGACAGAGAACCGUGAGACGAUCACCCGUCAUUCAGAGGCCGAGGGCCUAGAAGAGAUCGUCACGGCCGAGGGCCGUCUGAUGCCAUCAUUACAUCAUGACCGGCCCCUCGGCACAGCAUGAUCAUCAUAUUUGGAGACCGGCCUCGUCCCCCUAUGAACGUCGGUUUAUAGAUGCAUGGACCUCUAAGCUUCUCCGAUUGGAAAGCUCGAGUCAGAGUGCUUUACUCCCGCCUGAUGCAUUCAGGGGGAGUGUGCCCGUGGAGGAGCACCCUUCGCCCGACCCUGUCGGAAAGGGGGGUGCCUCACUGGUAGAUUACGUUCAGGAGUGCAGACACUCACUCAUAUAUUAUGAUUAUGUGAAGACACAGUUUCCAGCAAGACAGAGGAAGAGCGCAGGCAGAGUAUAUUUUCUCGAGCAGAUUCGCGAGCUCACUACUCAAGAAACUGGGGGACUUGUGUUGGGAUAUAUUAUCCCGGCCUAUUACUAUUCAGGAGCCCAAGACAUUAUCCAGUACGGAGCCCGAGCAGCUAGGCCCAUUUCGGCCCGUCCGGCCCACUUUGGCCAUUAGGCCCGACAUCGGCCCGUUUGGCCCAUUAGGGUGGAGUACUUCCCUCACCCCUUUCCCUAUUUAUAGGAGGCUUUCCCUCCAUGUAAAGGAUGCUCUUUUAGCUCCAUCUUCCUUCUUCUUUUAGACUUAGCUCAAUACUCCAUUAAUGGGAGCUCAAAUUGUACUAUGUAAUGGUGAGGAGAGUCUAAUGAGAAUGAGAGGGCUUGGACAUUAGCCUAAAAAGUCCCGUGGUUUUCUCCCUUUCGGGUUUCCACGUAAAAACUGAGUGUUCAUACAUAUAUUUACUAUAUCGUGUUGGAUUAAACUCAACACCUAGUGUUAUUGCUAAUCUUGUGGCACACAAAUUUUUGGAUGCUUCUGUUAAACCUUAUACGCCAAAACAGAUCAAGCAUGAUAUGAAUUUGGAAUAUUGGAUUUCUAUGUCGUACAAGAAAACUUGGGAAGCACAGAAACGUGCAAAGGAAAGGCAUUUCGGAUCUGAUGCAGAGUCAUACCAGAAGCUACCUUCAAUGGCGUAUGUACUUGAAGAAGCAAAUCCAGAUUCUACCAUAAAACUUGUAACGGCUGCUGAUGGUGCAUUUCAGUAUUUUUUCUUUUCAUUAAAACCUUGGCGUGAAGCAUGAGAGUUUUGUAGACCUGUACUUAUCUUAGAUAGCUCGUUCAUGAAGGCAUAUUACAAAGGUACUUUGCUUACGGCCUGUGCUCAAGAUGCCAACAACCACAUCAUUCCCUUGGCAUUUGAAAUCUGUGAUUUUGAAACCAAAGCAUCUUGGCUGUGGUUUCUAAGCAGGUUGAGUGGUUCAAUCUCUAUGCGAAGUGAUAUGUAUAUAGUGUAUGAUCGCCACAAAGGCUUAAUCUCUGCUGCUGCUGAAGUCUUCCCCCAUGCUCUUCAUGGCUUUUGUGUUGAACACCUGAGGCGUAAUUUGAUUUCAAAAUUCAGAAGUGGUGCCAAUGGUCUUGGAUGGAAGUUUAAAGCUGCUUAUUCAGCAAACACUAUGCAAGAACUUGAGGAAUAUUUGUCAAUGUUGGACACAGAAGAUGCUAGAAUCCGACCUUGGUUAAGUAAAGUUGGUAACCAUAGAUGAGCUAAGUGUGUUGCUGGUCCACGCAGAUAUGGCAUCAGGACAUCAAAUUGUGCAGAAUCGUUAAACAAAGUAAAUGUUUGUGCUAGAGAGUAUUCAGUUUGUAAAUUGGUUGAUUUUUUACGUGAAAGAAUGCAACAGUGGUUCACGAAAAGUAGUGAGGAAGCCCUUAAAACAUCCAUUUUCUUGUCCCCCAAAGGCGAGAACCAUUUAGUUACUGUGCAGGCUGAAUCCACACGCAUGCAGGUUUCAGUGUUUUCCCUAUUUCAUUAAUUGAGGUUGUAACUUAUUGCCAUAAGUGUUGUUAUAUUUUCGUAUGUAUCACUUUAUUGCCAUCUUUCAGUUUAUGAAUAUGACUCUUGGCUUUUGUUUUCUUACAUUCAUUAUUUCUUAACUGUAUUUUUUAUAUGCUUUCUAUCAGGUGAAAUCAACUUUAUAUUUCGAGUUUGAAGUUGUGGAUCGCUAUUGUAGAUCUUUUGUUGUUAACCUCAACCACAAGACUUGUGUAACACCCCCAUUUUCCCUCCCAAAAUAAUACUUGAAAUAAUAGAUUUAUUGAUAAUAAACUUGAUUUAUUCAAAACAGAUGAAAAGUUUUGCAGCGGAAAUAACAUUAAUUGGGAAAUGGGUGUUACCGCCACAUCCUGUCAUCUCUUAACCGAAUGCACAAGCAAUCCCAAAACAAAACAGAAUAAAACAAGUGUUCGACAUAAUUAAAUUAUAAUUUUUGACUAGGUUUGACUAAGGCAUUUCUAAACCGCUCUCGUGGUCAUACAAUCAUCAGUCCACAUAAGCAUCAUCACCUGCACAAAUAAAGUGCCGAAAACAAAACAGGGAAAAAGAAACAAAAAUUAGCUUUAGAGCUAAGUAAGUACUACCCAACCCCGUAAAAUAAUCAGGUUUGGCGAAAUAUAGUUUUUCAUAUAGUACUAUAUAAAAAUGACACACUCCACCAAAAUUCUUUUCUCUUUGAUAUUUCUCAAAAUCACUUCUUUAAUAAAGUCCUCAACUUUUCUUUGAAAAUACUAUAGUAACUCUUCUAAUAGAAUUUCUCAAAAUUCACUUCUUCUCUAUCUUCCUAGUAAUUUAGAAGGGCGGUGCUCAACACUCUGGUUGAGCCCGGUGGUUACGUUGUUAUGUACGGCCACCCCGGGACUUUUCCCGGUACCACAACUGCUAAUGGAAACGAAACGACUACCUUAAGUGUGCACACCCCCUAAAAGGGAUUCCAAGCCCUCCGAGUAGUAAGUCGUCACGAGUAAUCGGGACUCAGUCUACCAACUACCCCACCUUUAGAAUUCUUGAAUGAUUAGGGACUACUACUACUAUAACUUCUUCUUAAAAGGGAUCAUAGAUCCAAUUGUCACUUCAAACUCAAACUGUACUUCUUAGUAGUAGCAGCCUUAAUCACCCUCCACAUUUAUCCGGAUGUGGAAAACCGACACCACGGAUUUCUCCCGGGUGCUCACUUAUGAAAACGUAAAUUUUAUCUUGACUUUAGAUAUACUUCCAAAAAUAUUUCUCAAUCUCUCUAAAUAGUCUCAAAGGUAUUUAAAAAUAUUUAAUACCCAAAAGUACUUAGUUUGCACUUCUCAAAUACCAUAGAUCUAAUAUCUCCUCAAAAUCACAUACAAAUUCAAAAUUCACAUUUAAUCACAUAAUAACAUAUAGUACUAGGAAAUCAUUUUGGAUCGGCAGAGAAACUUACCUUAAAUCGCAAUAAUCCCCUUAAUAAAAUCUCUAACUUGGUCUUCACUUGAACUCUCCUUCUAAUAUAUAUAAAAAUUCUAAAUCAAUAACUAUUCUAUUAUUAAUGUUAUUUCCGCUGCAAAACUUUUCAUCUGUUUUGAAUAAAUCAAGUUUAUUAUCAAUAAAUCUAUUAUUUCAAGUAUUAUUUUGGGAGGGAAAAUGGGGGUGUUACAGAUUUACCUGUAAUACCCCGGGCCCGCAGGACCCGAAGUAGUUACUCCGGACCAAUAGUACUGUCCUGAUGUGUAUUUUCUCGCACUUAAAAUAGUUGUAGAAAAGUGGUGUAAAGUACGAGUAUCGUCUCCACAGGGACGGACAAAAGGGAAAUAAAGAUUAACUAAAUUCAGCGAUUAAACAGAAAUAAAUAAAUUAAAAUGCGAUGUGCGAGAUUUGAUUGAUUGAAUUAAAAUUAAAACUAAUGCUAAUGCGCGAUAAAAAUAAAAGAUUAUUUUCUUCUCAAUUAACGACGAAGGGAGCAGGGAUUGAUUCCGGGGUAACCAGAUUUCUGGCAGAUUAGGCCUAAUUACAUGAAUUUAAUUUAAUUGAGCCUAGCUAAUCAUUACUAAGUUCUUACCGCUCUCGCGGCGUAGAGUACAAUAAUUUAGGGGACCAGGCUGAUCUCUCAUGCGACAGGAUCCUAAAUUAUUGCCAAGACGAGCGAGCUUACGGCCCCUUAAUCGCUACUAAUCUCUUAGCGAACGAUUAAGUGUGUGUGAAUGUGUCCUAGAACAAAUUAGAUCUCUCUUAAUUUAUUCUACAUGCAAUUGUAAUUCUAGCUGCAGUCUAGGUUACAAGAGAUAUCAAUUAAAUUAUUCAAACACAAAUUAAACGGCAUUCAUGCAAUUAAACCGACAAGAAUCUAACCAUACAUCAUGAUUAACCCCUUCAUCAAUCCCAAAUCCCUAAUUAAAGUACUCACAAUUCAUAAUUGAAGAAUCAACAGAAUUGGGAUGAAUAGAAAUAAUUGUCAUUAAUUAAAAAGAUGAACUUACAAAUAAUCCCAGGGUCUUGGAAGAAAAUAGCGUAAAACGGUGUUAAAUUCGUCCCUAGGCCUCUCCGUAAUGUUCGUAACCCCCAAAACGGGGUUAUGGGGGCCUUAUUUAAAGAAAACAACGAAUUCGGGUCGAAUUAGGACAAAUCGCGGCCAGGCACGGUGCCAGGCACGACCGUGCCUGCGACCGUGCCUACGGAAGAAAUCCGUAUUUUGCGUCCAGGCACGGAGUGCCUAACUGCCAGGCACG